UUGAAAUUAUCGGAAAGCUGAUGUUAACAAUUGGUCCUCUACAAAGAGUUUGCAUUUCAUCAGAAGUAACCGAAACAAUUGCUACCAGCAUCCCCAAGCUUGAAAGUACCUAAGGCCACCCCCUGAUCGCACGUUGAAUCGCGCCUGUCUGGAUAUCCGAACGAAUCGUCAAAAUGAAGCUCGCCCCGGUACUACGAAUGGCCUCCUCUCCCACGAUAACUUCUGCUUCGAGCCUGAGACCACCACUUGCCCUUCUUCCUCCUCUUCUGCUCUACCGCCGUCUACUGCGAGCGCACCGGAAACUCCCUCAGGAGCUACGGCUGUUGGGAGAUGAAUACGUGAAGGCUGAAUUCCGCGCACACCGCAAUGUGGAUAAUCCUAUACAUAUUGUUGGGUUUUUGACGGAGUGGCAGCUAUACGCUCAGAAGUUAGAAGGUGACUCAUGGCGAGACGAGAAGUUGGACAAAGCAAAACUGGAGAAAAUGAGCGACCAGCAAAUCGGCCAGCUUUACGAGCUUAUGCAGGCAACCAAGGACGCGGGUGACAAAGACAAUGGUGAUUCAUGAAAGGUGAAAUCAAUGCCAAAAGGACUGUUAUCUUUAACAACAGGGGAUCAACGCAAUUCAUGGGCCUGAGCUUUCAAAGUGAACGCGAACAUCAGGGAGAUCACACUGUUAAUGCUUUCGAAGCCGAUCUUUCUGCCUGCGCGUUUGUUGGUGUAUAUCAUGGCCUGUUUUAUCAGCAGCUCCCAUCCGGAAAACCCCCAAUAGAACUCUAUCAGCAGUCACUUCU